CAAGACCAGCCGUCCCGGCGUCCACAGAGCUGCUGGAGGCGCAGGAGGAGCAGGAGCUGCUCUGCUGAAGCUAUGAACAGUUUCCUGUUCCAGAUCUUCUUCUGGUCCUGGUGUCCACAUUCCUACGCAGUAUAAAUUUACCUCCAAACCAAUCAAGAGGUUCCACCAAGAGUAGUACAUCACAUGGUUGAGGUCAGAGGAGAUUACCAUGGCAUCCAGAAGAAGCUCAAGGACUCAAACGUCUUCUGGUGCUCUCUGCGCCAACACAUCUCACAGACAGAGGCAGAAAAGUCCAGGAAAGAAGAGGAAUCAUCAGUGCUCAGAGUGCGGGAAGAGCUUCACUCAGCGAGGUCACCUCCACGUACACCUGCGCAUUCACACGGGAGAGAAACCGCAUCACUGCUCAGACUGCGGCAAGAGUUUUAUUGAAAUCGGUACUCUGAAAAAACACCAGCGCAUCCACACAGGAGAGAAGCCGUAUCGGUGCUCCGAGUGCGGGAGGAGCUUCACUCAGCAGAGCGGACUCCAGCGACACCAGCAGAUCCAUUCCGGAGAGAAACCUCAUUACUGCUCGGACUGUGGGAAGACGUUUAAUCAGCUCGGUCAUCUCCGACGACACCAGCGCAUCCACACAGGAGAGAAGCCGUAUCAGUGCUCCGAGUGCGGGAAGAGCUUUAACGUGCAGAGCGCUCUUCAUCUGCACCGGCGCAUUCACACCGGAGAGAAACCGUAUUACUGCUCAGACUGCGGCAGGAACUUCAGGCACUCAAACACUUUAAAGACGCACAAAUGCAUUAAGAACGAAAGCUCUUGAUGAUAAAAUAACAUUUUAAUUUUCAUGAGUUGUUUUCAAAGGGAUGGGUAUCUUUAGGAUUUCAUCAAUACCGAUAUUGAUACUGAUAUUGCUUAUCGAUACUGAUACUUUUGAUCCAAAAACAGACAUGACAUGAAAAGAUCUGAAAAGAUGUGAAAAGGCUGUGGUCAUCUCCAGAUGACCGAUAACUAUUAACAACUGUUAAACCCUAUUUGGACAGGAUUCGUUUAACAUGAUGAGGAGGGUAAUGUAAAUACUACUGGUGUUUCUCAGUGAUUUAAUUUCAUCUAAAUGCACCAUGUAGUCAUUUUACUGACUGUGCUUUCCCGCUUCAGUAAAGAUUCUAGCGCCUUUUACCUUCCAUAAAACGAGCCAUAAAAAUAAUCUCGGGUUAUAUGAACCCAGUGCGAAUCAACAUGUCGGUGAAAGUGCUGAAAGUCGGUGAAAGGAGUUAUUUAAGUUUGGAGGCUUGAAGAAGUGCUUACUUGUGUUCUCUGACGAAGCUGAAGACGGCUUCCUAUUCGCCAGCUUCUUGUUUGAAUUUUCACGUUCCACCUUAAAUGGUGUGGCAGUUAUAACGCUGAGGGCCAGAAUGUAACUGCUGCACGAUUUAAGGUGGAAUGGCAAAAUUUGAACAAGAAGCUGGUGAAUAAGAAGCCAAUUCUGCCUCACUGUUUUCUGUGGCAAAAAUCAGGCUGAUGUGUAAAAAUUAGUUUGAUUUUAUGCGGUGAAGUCGACUGUUGUGAAUUCUCAAGCUAACGGUGAUGCUAUUGACGCUCUGCAUUCACUUAAGACAGAAAGGUAACUGGUUAGUGUAAACAAAAUUACAGCUAAAUUAAAUGUUUUAACAUUGUUUCUACUCUUUUGUGGAGUGAAGGAGUGAAUGUAAAUUGAGUAUCUGCUCCAUCUCGUCAAUUAGACAGAGAUUUCUUAUCCUAAGUGAAUCACUCAUAAACAUUAGACAUCCUGGGGUAAACUGGCAUCAUCCACUUCCCCAUAGAAAACUGAGCUAAGAUCAGCUUAAAGGAGCAGUGUGUAACCUCUGAUACCAACUUUUCUGAAAAGGACAUUUAGACUAUCAAACUCUCCCACCUGCAGUUUUAAUACGAGGCUGCAGUCGGCUUCCAAUCCGCCAAAUUCUUGUUCUAAUUUUCCCAUUCCACCUUAAAUCGUGCAGGUGGAACGGGAAAAUUAGAACGAGAAUUUGGCAAAUAGGACAUUGACUUCAGCUUCUUAGUUUUAAUGCUGGUAGUAUUUUUGAUAAAUUGAUUUGAGAAAUGUCCCACCUAGAGUUUCAUGUAUGGAGCAACCAAUAAAUGUGCGCUACAGUAGGACAUUUUGACAAGGUAAAAAAAAUUAAUCAGAACACCAGGUUGAGGACGGUGGUGCAGCAGCCGCUUUGCUGAAGCAAACACACAUCACUGCUUCAGAUUUAUAGCAUGUUGUGUUUGUGUUUGAUGAGGCUGCUGGUGUUCACACACAACUACUGCCUUACAUGCAUUACAUUAAUCUGCAGUAUCGUUACAUUUAGUAAAGUGAAUCACGCUUUUGAGUCACACUUACACUUUCAGCCAUGAUGGAGAGCACAGAAUGACGCUCAGCAUCUGGAAUGGUUAAUGUACUCAGAGGAACACUUUCGUCACGCAGACGCCCCUCCCGCUCAUCCAGUCAGCACCAACUAUUUAAAAACGGCAGCUAAGUAGAAUAAAAUUAAUGUUACAUAAAUACUGAUAGCAGCACCAUUUGUCCAAGAGUUUAUUGAUACUUCGGUACUGACCGGUACCAAUUUAGUACCGCUUCUCGAUACCCAUCCCUAGUUUUAAAACAUGCUGUCUGUGUUUCUGCUUUUUACUCGCUUCUGCUGAAGGUUUUUGGCAGGCUUAGAAUUAUGAUUGUCAAAAUUCAGUUGUGUGCAUACAGUUAAUUUACUAAUCAUUAUUGCCAUUUCCAACUCACAUAAGGUACCUUAUUGAAAAUGUCAUACUAAGUAAUAAGUUUGUAUCUCAUCUGAUGAAUGUGUGAAAACCAAUUAAAGUUCAUAUUUUGUCAUA